AUGAGCCCAAUGGAGAUGGGGCACUCGACAGGCGGGGGCAGUUUGUCCCCACAGGCUAUUUUAGCUCGAAAUUCAAUGUUAAAAUCCGGUGGGAUGCCGAUGGGUAACGACCCCGUCAGACCUAGGUCCAGUCACACGCCUGUGAACCCAGAGACGCCGCAACAUAUACUUAUGAUGAAUAACGGGAAUGGCUCGAAUAACACCAGUAAUAACAUUCAACCGCAGCAGAUCAUGUCGAACCACGGAUCCCCAUUCAUGCAGGAACCGCAGCAACUGCAUAGAAAUGCGUACAGCGCUGGGCCAGGGAAUAAUAUGCAGAUGCCGACGGGUAAUGUUUCCGCAGGAGCACCCAAUAAUGUCUAUGGCGACAGAGGCACCAUGUUCAACCCUUUGCAACAGCAGCAGCAACAGCAGCAAAGAUUUCAACAGCUACAGCAGCAACAGCAGCAACAGCAGCAACAGCAGCAACGACAACAGCAGACAGAAGGCUACACCACAGUCGGUCAAAUCCCGCUUUCGAACGUGCGUGGCUCUCAGCCACCGCAGAUGGGACCUGGUAUACCCCCAAACCAACAGAUGAUGGGAACACAACCAACCCAGCAACAGUUCAGGCAGCAGCAACAGCAACAGCAACAGCAACAGCAACAGCAACAGCAACAGCAACAGCAACAGCAACAGCAACAGCAACAACAGCAACAACCAAGACGUAUUUUACAAAACUUGAACCCAGUGUUACAAAAAAGAAUAUCUAAUGAACUGAAUAACAAACAAUACGAACUGUUCAUGAAAUCGUUGAUAGAACACUGUAAGAGAAUGAACAUGCCCUUACAGGCUUUACCAGAAAUACAGGGCCAAAAAGUGAACCUUUUUCUAAUACAUAUCAUGGUGCAGAAAUUGGGAGGCAGCGAACAGGUAACUGCUAACAAUAUGUGGGGGGAAAUUGGUCAAAAAAUACAAAUUAGAGACUUCAAGGAGUUGGAAAUCAUUUACUACAGGUACUUGCUCCCCUACGAAAGGUAUAUGGUUUCGCCAGAUGGGAUAAAGGAAACUCAGGCGAAAAAAAUAUUUCUGCAGCAGUUUCUACAAGAGCUUCUGAAUAAACUGAAGAACCCACCUCAACAGUUUGUGAAUAACAACCCCAAUGUGUUACAAAGACCACCUAGCGCCAAUAUGAUGAAUCAACCUACCCCGAACCCAAUAGGUGCCCCCAUGGGAAUGAAUCCCGUCCCUCAGAAUGUAAUGGUACCUCAAGGAAAUUCCAAUAACAUAAUCAGAGAUGACAUUCCUGGUGUAUCGCCGGCCCAAACUGCAGAGAAAGCUCCAAAGAAGAAAGCACCAAAGAAAACUCGCAAGCCAAGACAGAAGAAAAAAACUAAGAAGGAGCUGGAACAGGAGAGAAAACAGAAGGAAGAAUUUGAAAAGCAGCAAAGGCUGAUAUUGGAGGAGCAACAUAGGCAACAAAAACUGCUGAUGGAAAAGAAGAGACAAGAUGUAUACCAGCAGGAAUUGGCCAAAUUGCCUAAAGUUUACAAAAGAACUGCCAUAAAAAACUACAAAAGCUUGAAGAGACCCAUCGAAAAUGUUAAUGGGUAUGACAUAUCCUACAUAUCUCAGGUUGGUGAGAAAAUUGACGCCAACAGACCCAUUUUCCUCUUUGCACCUGAACUGGGGACAAUAAACUUACAUGCUUUAUCAAUGUCGCUCGAAUCAAACCACUUGGGUGAAGUGAACGCUGCUUUGAAUACGCUUCUUGUCACCAGUGCUGAUAACGGGCUCGAUAUUUCGUUAAACUUAUACUUUGGGUUACUAAACGUGCUUUGCAAAUUGGGUAUAAACUUGUUGAACACCUUGGUCAAUGAAAGCGGGAAGACAAACCUGGAAUUGAGAACGACAAAUUUGAACUUUACACAAAAUUACUGCGACGAAUACGAUGUAGAGUCCUUUAUUGACAACACAAAAGUGGCAUACACAAGGAAUGAAAGAGUGAUGGAUGAAGUUUUUGAACGAUACACCAAAAAAAUGGAGACCGGGGGCGACGCAUUUUCAAAGCAUAAGACCAUACUAGUUGAUUCAUUAACCGGGGUCGACACUAACCAGAUGCAUUUCACUAGUGCACCUAUAGAUUCAAUUCCUCUUAAGGUGGAUGAGAGCUCGUGCGAUGAAGUAGACGGUUUAAUGGAACCUCACAACGAUAGUUCCAUCGGACGAGUCAAAAAGUGGACUUUACUACCGAAACAAAUGAAAUAUCAAAAAGAUAUUUCACAAGGCUACGAACUGGACAUUCCAUCUUAUAUGGACUCUUUGAAAAGGGUGACUGAAGAGGUUGACACGCCAUUUAGCAAAGUGUGCACGCGAGGGGCUGAGGAUACCCGCGUCAUGAUAGCUGACCAGCUAUCCACCAUUUCCAUGAUAAUCCGGAACCUAUCGUUUUCUGACAUCAACGCAACCUUGAUGUGUAAGAGCCAUUUUUUGAAAAGGUUUAUCUCUGAUUUGUUAUGGGUACUGUUUUUGGACAGUAAGAAGUUAGUAUUCACUAGAGUGGCUUUGAAUUUGAAAAAGGACAUCGUUAUCACGCUAACAAAUAUAUCCCACCAUUGGAAAGUUGACUCGCAUACAGAUGCGUUCCUCAUCCUUUUGCUAAUAUCGAGUUUUGGUGUAUCGAAAUCCGUUAAUAAAGAACGCAAGGAUGAUGAAAAGGCGUUAGAGUUUGAAUAUUCAGAAUAUCCAAUGAACUGGGGGAAAUACCACUCGUUUGGUGUUGACACAUUGGCAAAACUACUCUCUUUGGGCCACCCCAACAGAGACUUAUUCAAGGCUGUGUUAUUGAACAACUAUGAAGAUGACACGUCCUCCAGAUAUUGCGAUGACAUUAGCAUUGUUAAGUCUUUGAUAGAAGUUUAUAAGGGCAGUGAGAAAAGACAUUUACUGAACAAUGUGGUAUCAUUUUUACUUUCUGUUAUUCCCUUCCACCAGCUAUCAGCACAUCCGGAAUACGUUGAACAAGCCUCCCCAAUCAUUGCCCAAACUUUGACUUCUCUUUUCCAAAUAGUAAACUUUGUAUCGGUUGACGGAACUGACAACCUUCCAUUAUCCUGGCUCAAGAAUUUUGAAAAUAUCGGGUUGAAUCUAAAGAAGCUGUACGAAUUCUACCAAAACUUGGUGAUACGGAAGAACUCAGAAAGUCCGUUGUAUAAGCUGAUAAGUUGUAAUGCUGUUAAGUUGUUGAGAUUGCUGAUCAAAAAGAGUGCGGUAGAUGCUCAGUCCUGUAAAGAGUUAAUGACUGUGGCUUAUCUACUCCCUAGCGAAUCCGAUUUCUUUGCCAUCUUAACAAAUCCCAUCGUGGAUAUCGAUUUUAUUAAUGAGAUUGACAUGUUCUACAAGGUAAGGAACGAAGUCUACAGUAAAAUCUAG